CACGCAGACGAUUUGAAGCCGCAGUCGCGAUAGUAGUUGGACAGGAAGUGCAAGUGUAUACAAAUUUUAAUCAUGAAUACCGUUACGUGCAUUGCACCGGUUAAUAUUGCAGUUAUUAAAUAUUGGGGAAAGAGAAAUGAAUCUUUAAUUCUACCAACCAAUGAUUCUAUAAGUGCUACUUUAGACACGGAUCAGCUACACGCAAAAACUACUGUCAUGAUUAGUCUUGAUUUCAAGGAAGAUCAUAUUUGGUUGAAUGAAAAGGAAGAAGAUAUAAAAAAUCCAAGACUUCAAAAUUGUUUGAAAGAGAUUAAGCAACGUUCGCAAUUACCUGGUUAUAUGAAUGACUGGAAGAUUCACAUCUGUUCCAAGAACAAUUUUCCAACUGCUGCCGGUCUAGCUUCCAGUGCAGCAGGAUACGCAUGUCUUGCAGCAGCUUUAGCCAAGCUUUAUAAAGUAGAGGGAGACAUUAGUGUUAUAGCGCGUUCUGGUUCUGGGUCAGCUUGUCGUAGUAUUAUGGGUGGUUUUGUGAGAUGGCAUAUGGGUGUAGAUAAGUAUGGAACAGACAGCUUGGCAAAGCAGAUUGUGCCUGCUUCUCACUGGCCGGAGAUGAGGAUUCUGGUGCUAGUUGUGAAUGAUGAAAAGAAGAAGGUUCCAAGUGCAAUAGGUAUGAAACGAAGUAUGGAAACGUCUGAAUUUCUGCAAUAUAGGAUAACACAUACAGUUCUGGAAAGAACUAAUAAAAUUCAACAGGCAAUCGUUGAGAAGGACUUCAAAACUUUUGCUGAACUCACUAUGAAGGAUUCGAAUCAGAUGCAUGCUGUGUGUCUUGAUACAUAUCCUCCAUGUGUUUAUAUGAACGAUAUUUCUACCAGUAUCAUGAAUCUUAUACAUUCCUAUAACGAUGCAGUUAAUGAUGUAAAGGUUGCUUACACUUUUGAUGCUGGACCAAAUGCUACACUAUAUUUAUUAGAGAAGGAUGUGCCAACAGUGAUAGGUGUUCUAAAUCAUUUCCUUCCUCCUCUUGAAAAUGUUGCGAUUGAAUACAAAAGAGGAUUACCUAUCGAAGAAGUCAAACCUACAAAAGACUUACUGGAGAAUCUAAAGUUCCAAAAACAACAACCGGGACAACUUAAAUACAUAAUACAUACUAAAGUGGGAGAUGGGCCUAAAUAUCUUGAUAAUCCAGAGGAUCAUUUAUUAGAUACCAAUGGUAAUCCUAUUAAUAUUUCUUGAUAUUUUUGAGAUAUACUUUUAUUAUCAACUUUUCCAAUAAGCAGAAAUAAAUAAUUUUUAUUUCCUUUAUAA